AUGGCUGCGCUAGGGCCGGCCUUUGCUGACCAUCUGGCGCAGCGUGCGCCGAUACCUCUCCCUGUCCCGACAAAGGUCAACGACCUGAUGCUCCCUCCGCCAGCACCUCCACCACAAGGCCUUCCUCCCGUUGAAAACCGCCCGCCAGCCGAUACUGCCGCCGAUGGGCCGUUUACAAUCCAGACCGUUGCCGCUGCGGCAGGUCUUCCUCCAGUACCGACGUCACCCGGGGGUAACGGCAAUGGCGUCACGGUCGUCCAAGUGACCACGACACCAUCAGCGGCAUCGCCGCCACAACCUACGGCUCCAGACAGCAGUGCGGCCCAGAAGGAAGGCAGUGAGAAGGGCCCUGGCCAGUCGGACGGCUCUGGCGACUGCCGGCUCAUGGGACCCUUUGCAAUUUUUGUUCAACUUGGCCUGGGUGGACUGGCGCUUAUGUCCCUCGUGUACAAGCGCUGGCGCGAGCGGCCGCAGCGGCCGCUGAAGAUCUGGUUCUUUGACGCGUCAAAGCAGGUGUUCGGGUCCGUGCUGGUGCACAUGGCCAACGUCUUCAUGUCGUUGCUUACGUCGGGCCGCUUCUCUAUCAAAGUGACACCUGGCGUUGUAUCCACUGCGGCGAUGCUCCUGCGGCGAGACGACGACAGUGGCAGCGUGCCGUACACGCCAAACCCGUGUUCCUUUUACCUCCUCAACCUCGCCAUUGAUACGACUCUCGGCAUCCCCAUUCUCAUCUUUCUCCUUCGCCUCGUCACAGCCCUUGUUUCGUACACACCACUGGGCCAGCCACCCGAGUCCAUCCAGUCGGGUAACUACGGCCGGCCGCCCAACGCGUGGUGGUGGUUGAAACAGAGCAUUCUAUACUUCUGCGGCCUGUUUGGCAUGAAAAUCUGCGUGCUUAUUAUCUUCAUCGUUAUGCCAUGGAUCUCCCACGUUGGCGACUGGGCGCUGGGUUGGACGGACGGCAACGAACAGCUGCAGAUCAUCUUUGUCAUGAUGCUGUUCCCGCUCAUUAUGAACGCCCUGCAGUACUACAUAAUCGACAGCUUCAUCAAGGACCAAACAACGGCGACAGAUUCUGGUUCGGGCCCCGACCGUGUCGGUCUAUACGACCACUUGUCGGAUAGCGCCGACGAUGAGGGCUCUGACACCGACGGCGGUGACUCGGAUGACGACGUCUACACAGGCAGCAACACCGACAGCAGCAACAGCCUCGAAGGCGGACGGCGGCAGGCUGACGAAGUGACGUCACGCAAGCGUGCGGACAGCCUCCUGGUGCCGUCACGCAAUGGUACGUCUCGGACAACCAAGUCGAGCAAAAAGGCACGUGCUGUUACGGCUACUGUUGUUUCUGAUCCGGAGUAUGACCCGGCAGUCGAUGGCGAUAGCCCGACAAUAAUCGGCAGCAGCUCUAGCCAACGCGCGUCGAACGCACCUAUUCCCAAGGCGAUGUAG